AGAGCGGCAGCGGCGCCCAGAUUUAUGGCAUACACCAUGGUGGAUCUGUGCUGGAAGCUGUCCAUCUGCUUCUUCUGCUAUCAGGUUGUCUCAGGAAGAGUGAAGGAGGGGCAUUAUGUCGCGGCUGUGUAUGAACAUGAGUCCAUCCUGAGUCCCGACCCAACAGUCCUGGUUGAUCGACAGUCUGCACUGGAACUCAUGGGCAGAAACCUAGACAUCUAUGAACAGCAAGUAGUGGCUGCUGCAAGACAGGGGGCACAGAUCAUUGUUUUUCCCGAAGAUGGAAUCCACGGCUUCAACUUCACGAGAAGCUCCAUUUAUCCUUACUUAGACUUCGUUCUGCAUUCACACUCUGUGAAGUGGAAUCCAUGCAGAGAGCCAUAUUUGUUCAAUGACACAGAGGUUCUUCAGCGUCUGAGCUGCAUGGCACUGAAGAACAAGAUAUUCCUUGUGGCAAACUUAGGAACUAAGCAGCCCUGUGAGCACACCGACCCUCACUGUCCCUCUGAUGGAAGGUACCAGUUCAACACCAACGUGGCAUUCAACGAUGACGGCGCGCUGGUGGCCACGUAUCGCAAACACAACCUCUAUUUUGAAUACGCUUUUGAUAGCCCUCCAGAGCCAGAUUAUAAAUUCUUUGAUACUCCCUUUGCUGGCAAGUUUGGGAUGUUCACAUGCUUUGAUAUACUCUUUUUUGAGCCUGCAGUGAACCUCAUCAGACAAUACAAUUUGAAACAAGUUGUAUAUCCAACUGCCUGGAUGAACCAGCUCCCACUCCUGUCUGCUGUUGAAUUUCAACAAGCUUUUGCAACAGCUUUCAACAUCAAUAUUUUAGCAGCUAAUAUCCACCACCCUGCCUUGGGCAUGACAGGGAGCGGCAUAUACACUCCAGUCAAAUCGUUCAUCUACCACAACAUGGAAAGUUAUGGUGGCAAGCUCAUAGUAGCAGAAAUUCCUGUCAUUACUACAGAUUAUGAAACCAACCUCGAGAGUAAUGAAAGAUUCAGAGAGAACUUGCAGCACUCAUGCAAGACUUUUAAAAGCACCUUACUGAAUGAUCAAGUUUGCUUUAUGAAGGGAGAAGAGACCCCCUUCAGAGUGUCAGAAAGAGGAAAUGAACAGUUACCUCCCCUGUUUUAUGCAGAAAUGAUGUAUGACAACUUUACUUUUGUUCCUGUAUGGGGGGAAAACGGAGAGCUCCAGGUUUGUGCCAAUACCCUUUGUUGCUACCUAAAUUAUCAGCGAGCAGUCAUAACGGAUGAGUUGUAUGCUUUGGGAGUUUUUGAUGGGCUCCAUACGGUGCACGGCACGUACUACGUCCAGGCCUGUGCAUUAGUAAAGUGUGGCGGUCUCAGCUUCAGCACUUGUGGACAGGAGGUUACAGAUGCCACCGCUCUGAUAGAUUUCCAGCUAUGGGGAAAUAUGAGUACCCCUUAUAUCUUUCCUUUACUGCUGACAUCUGGCAUUACCUUGGACUUCGCUGAUCACAUGGGCUGGAAAAACAACUACUAUUUCAUAAGCAAAAAUAGAACAUCUUCUGGCCUACUGACAGCUGCUCUAUAUGGACGGUGGUAUGAAAAAGACUAGCAGAGAGAUAUGACUGGGUCAGAAGACAACUGCUCCUAUGUUCAGAGAACGCAUCUUAAUAGAAGUUGUUGAACAUCUGUACUUCCUAGAGCUUCAGGUGCAUUUAUUAUGUGACUAUUUAGUUUCCACAUUUGAAAUGGUAAGCAAAGCACUUAAAAGGCUGUAAGUACAGCCUGUACUUUGGUAGCAUAUGUCCUGGCAGAGGUAAAAGAACUGCCUUGGAAAGGUAAAAGCUUAUUGUAAUGUGUUGAGAUAUUUUAUGUUGGGAAAAUAUUUCUCAUUUCAACUGAAUUUGGACCUUUUAAUUUAAUCCUCUGGUUUUCUGGGGACCUGGCCAGGAGUAUGGAAAUGAGUAGAGAAACUUUGCAAAAGGAAGAAAAAUAGGAAAGAGACCAAGGACACAAAUACCAUGCAUGACAUGCAUGGAAAUAUGUAUAUUUACUUACACAUAGCUUGUAUAUGGUCAGGUUUUGAUUUCUGGUUUGGGUGCCAUGAUUUUUUUUCCUCUUAUGAGUCAAAACCCCCUGCUGAUGUCAUUACUGGCCACUUUGUUGGCUGUGAUUGCUUCAGAAAACUCUGAGAGUUCUAAUGUCCUUUUAACAGUAUCUGAAAUGACAUUUGCGAGCAACUACUGAACAGUCAGGCUGGGGAAGAAGAUACCAAAUGAAAAAUUACACUGCAUUAACCCACAAUUUCCAGCCUGCUGUGUGAGGAACUGUGCUUAAAGAAAACAUCAACAACUGUGCAAAAGUACUGUUUAAGUACUUUAACUUUCCCUGAGGUCACUUAAAGACUGUUUUGACUUUAAGACAUCUUAUACAUUGUUCACAAAUUCAUUCAAUGAGAGCUAUGAAAAGCAGAUAAUGCGGGAUGGCAAGGUUUUUACGCAGCUAUUUCAUGUGCCAGGUUCCUGCUGCUGAAGGAGUAAAACACACCAUUCUUUCCAGAACAAUUAUUAAGUCCUGUACCUGACAAACUGUUCUACUGCAGUGAAGACGUUAGAAAAAAUACUCAAGGGACAUUAGUUUGGGGUUAAAUUAAAAGAAGCUAAUUUAUUCUCACACAUUAUAAUUCUGUGUGGUCUUAUUGGCUGUUACUCCUUCAUCUGCAUAAUAGCUGCCAAGUAAUGGAACAAACCCAACUGUUCCUUUGCUGAGUCCUGGCCUUGUAGUUUCUCAGUCUGUUAGUCAGGCCAAGAGGGACAGAGAGCAAAAAGGACAGCUGAGAGUCUCCCCUUUGGUGGUCUUUGAUCGUCUGAGUCCAUUCUGAGAUGUAUUCAAACUCAAGACUGCUAUGGCAGCUAUGGACAAGGGUACCAAAAGGUUCUCAAUAAGCUCCUGCUCUGAAUGAACUCACUUUCUGGUUUCAGAAAGCAAAACAACCAAGAAAUUGCUGAACUUCUUCCUUGAGGUUUCUUAAAUAUUUACACAAAAUAAGUAUAUAAAUAUUUAUGAUCUUGGGCUCUAUCAAACCUUCUUCCUCCAGCUACAAGAAGCCAGGGCCUAGUCACACUCAGCUUUGAUACAGCAACACAAAAGGUUUAUUCAUUCUGCAGCAUACAUGGAACAGAAACGUGGAGAAGGGACGUCUGUAUCUCAUUAAACAUAAACUCCCUGAUGUAAAAAGGCCAAUGUAAAAGUCAGCCGUCUCACCAGAGAGUUAUUAAAAAUCAUUAAUUCCUUGGCAGCCACAGUGGUUUUCUUGCUAAAUGCUGCACAAAUUCCAGAACGUAGAAGGUAGAACAGAAAAGCAUUUGCAGUGCUUACUUGUGCUUCUGGUUCUAGUACCAUACAAUCAAGUCCCAAAGAGAGCAAUAAAGAACAGCUGGAGAAUUUCAGCUCUCAGGAUAAAGCUCCCCACCUCACUUUGUAAGCAGAAAAUCAUGUAGCCUCUUAUACUAAAUACUGUUUCAGAUUUAGUUCCAAAGCAGACUGUUAUUAUCACAAUAAAUUAGGCUGUAAAAAGCCUAAUUAAAAAAAAAGCCUCACAUUUUCUAACUUCAGGUAGGUCAAAAACUACUAGAUAACAAGACUUUCUGGUCUUACCGUAGGGCAUGUGGCUCAGCCUCCUCCCGAGGAAGAGCAGGUGAAAGGACUGGAGUAUGCUCUCACCGGUGUUCCCUUCACCCCAAAAAGCAGCGUUUGCAGAGCCACUGGAAAAAGCAGAACAGGCAGUACUAGACAAGAUGAAGAAUCAACAUCCCCAACCCCAUCCCGAUCUUUGAGUGACAACAGAAGUAUCCAUUCUGAAACAGGGAGGCCAGGCAGUAACCUACGAUACUUGCCACUACCCGCUGUAGGCUUUUGGAGGCCUGGGCUGGAACAGCAAUUGCAGCACUGCCCUGCUGAGUGCAGGGCUGCUCUCGGGCAGCCUGGUGUUGACAUGGGGGAAGCUACAUACCAUUUGUUGAGGAAGUGUGAGAAGCCUUCAGUGAGACCCAUAUUUGCACAGGCAGACCUUCAACAUGCUGUAACACAGUCUAUCCCAUCUCCUUUCUUUAAUGGACAUGAACUGUUUUAUUAAAGCAUCCUGAAUCCCCCUGUGAGUACAACCAAAACCAAACCAGAACAUGAGGAUCUUUUGACAUACAGGAAGUACAGCUGAAGUCUAGAAUAGCUUUAAGUCACUCAGUCUGUUGAUUUAAGUGAAAUUGGGAUUUAGAAAUCUGUACCAACAGACAGCAUGGGAUGCAGUCUUUGAAGGGCCUUGUUACUGCUCCAGGGAAGGGAAAGCCAAUCACAGAAACUGUCUGUCCAGGCAGGGGCAACAGCAUGCGAGUCAGGUGUUGUGUGUUUCUUCGUAAGGGAUCUGCUGCUUUGAGAUUCAUGUGCCCAGAGUUUUCCAGGGGGAUGUGGGGGUACUCCAAUUACAGUAGGAGAAAGCACAUCAAAGGCUCAUUUGGUAUUGAAGUUAUUGAGAGGCAGGUAAACAGGCUGAGGAACUGGUGACAGCCUGGGGCAAUCUGGGCAUUAGAGACCUUCACAAAGCCUGAGGGGGCAGAAGCUUGUUAAAGCAGAUACCUACAGGUAAAAUGAACCAGACUGAAGCAACAGAGCUUCAAGAGCCUCCUGCAAUCAACACAGAAGUAAGGAAGCUAUCACCAUGAGGCAUAGCAGAGUCUCUUGCCCAGGCUGUGACUUGUCUUGCAGCAUCAGGUAUUUAAUGAACACCUCACCAUUACAGAAAAUCUCAGGAUGAACACAAAAAAACUAACACCCUCUUUGGCUGCUUCAGACACACUAUGUGAAGUGAGUAUAAGAGUCAACUGAAGAAAAUUGCACCUUCAGAACUGUAACAGGAGGACCUGAAAAAUGCCCAGCCACCACUAUGGCACACAUAGAGAUUCAGUGGCUAGAACUACUGCCACCUCCUCCAUUCGGUAGUGAUGACAAAUGCUAUUUGUGAAAAGCCCAAAUAUUCACAGGUUGAAGAGUGGGAGUUAUGGCUCAGUCAAGAUUUUAAUGGGCAACGGCAGUGGAUGGACUUCAGAGAUUCACUAUGCUGUCCUUCCUCCCUCCACUGAGAGGGCAGGCAUAAGCAACACGGAUCAGAGACAAUAGUUGGUGGUACCCACUGCAGAUCAAACCAACUCUUGGUAGAAGAGAUUGGAACUUCUGACUUUGGUACAAUGGUAAUAGAUUGCAAGAAUGAUUUUUAAAAAAACUAUGCAGACAGCUUGAAUUAAAGAAUUUGGCAAGGAAUAAGAAACAUAUGACAGGAUAUGACAUGAAUCCAUGAAUUCUUAGAUUUUUGCUUUAAAACUACUUCAACUAUCCUUUUAACAUAAAAGAAGAUCUGAGACCUCAGUGUCUUAAGCCAGGUACAGUAAGAAAAAACCAAACCCUGUAUGUCUGUUAUUUGACAAGGCUUGGAAGCAGGGCUUUGUUUUGUUCUGUUGUGAAUCUGCACAGCAAAAUUUCUUGUUGCUUCUAUGGCAAUUUUAAUGAUAAAAAAGAUGAUGUGUUUUUCUUUGUUGUGUCUUUUGCUUUUUGUUCUGUU